CAUAGGUCCAUAAAUGAUAAAUAUCCCCAAUGCUCAAUUUCACCUUAGAAUAAGGGAAUAGCCUUAGAGCUCUCUUGUGGUCCUUCGACCUCCGCGCAUGCCCACCCCAGGGGCUGUGCUCGAGGUCUCCACCCCCAUGUCGCUACCUCCCGCGCAACCUCCACCACUUGAACAAUCGCAACCACCGCAGGCUAAGACGAUGAUAUCUCGGCUGUACAAGCAGCACUCGUGGUCCCCGGACGCCUUCCGCGAGCAGGCGUGGCUUCGGCGCAAAGGAAGCAGCAAGAAUCGCCGGAGCAAGAGCGUGACCGAUGAGGAUCUCGACGAACUCAAGGCCUGCAUCGAGUUGGGUUUCGGCUUCGACGACUCGUCUUCGCCCGAGAUGGAUCAACGCUUAUCCGACACUUUGCCUGCUCUUGGCCUUUACCACGCCGUCAACAAGCACUACAACGACACCGUCUCUAAGUCAACCACGACAGUGCCGUCUUCUUCCACGGUGUCCGAGCGCGAAUCUACUGAUCCGUCUCCCCUUGGUAGCACUAGUCCCCACAACCUCUUUGGCACCGCUGGUAAAUCGAUCGGAAACUGGCCGUGAAGGUGAUAAUCCGCAGGAUGUGAAGACGAGGUUGAAGCAGUGGGCUCAGGUGGUUGGUUGUUCGGUGCGGCAAAGUUCAAGCUAAUUCAGAUAUGAUUUUGUUUUGUUAUCAGGGUUAAGAGGAACCAAACCAGAGUUGCCAAAGUAACCAAGCAUCGACGUCAGCUUGCUUGAUAUUAUUUCCCCCCACCUGCUCUUGAUUGGCUUUGGUUAUUUAUUAAUUUGGUGAAAUGAAAUUAAGUAAAAACAAAGCCCAUUAAUUAAACAAAUGGAAACCAACUUGUACUGAGUCUGGGAUUGACUAUUUCUUUUUCCUUUUUUAAUAUGUUACGUACUUUGAUUUGGUUGUAUUUGGUGGUGUUGUUAGCGGCCUGGCCUGUCUUCUCACUUGGGUUAGGUCAUAUAUAAAAUAGAAAUGAUUUGGUUAA